AUGACCCAGAACCUCAGUAGCGGCUCCCCCGCGGGCACCCCCAAGAGCCACAAUAAAGCGGCGGGCCGGGGACACGGCGCCGGGGGUGGCAGGUACGGCAGGGCGACGGCGGCGGCCACAACAACAACAACUCUCACCAGGCAGCGUGUCGGACGCGGGGGCGAAGCUCCCUGGGUCCCGCGGAGUGGCCUGUCCCACGCAUGUGCCCGACGUGGGUUGGGGGUGGGUAGUUAUGAGGCGGGAAAAAGGGCUUCAAGGCUCCCCGGCGGGGGUAGGUGGGGGGGGGGCUCGCUUGCGAACUCUGCUCUUUGUAAAGGAAAUAGCCUGCAAAUAAAAAUUGCUAUUAAGUGGAAGACUGGCUGGGCUAGAACCUUCACACCCUGAGGCGCUAGAUUUUUACUUGCAAGGACUUUUCUUUUUGAGGGGCAGCAGGGUGGAGCCAUGUUAUUUUGGCGAGGGGGGCCUUCACAGUAUGUCAUUCAGUGGUGGUGGUGGUGGUGGUGGGUUGUUGCACUUUCCUGGCCCGGAGAGAACAGAAGCAGGACGGCGCCUUGCUAGAGCUCCUCACUUGCCCUCCUCCUCUUGGGGAAGCGACAGUCAGGAUUCCCAAUUGUUUUGUGUCGUCUCCUACUUGCUUGGGUUCUUGCUGAGGGGGGCUGCCUUAACUUGAUUAAUUAAUCCUCCCUAUCACUCCCCCACCAUUCUGCUUUGGGAAGGGCAAGAAAGUGAGCUGAGGCUGCUCUUUGCAGUCACCUCCUCAGGUGCCAGGACAGAAAGCAUCAUAGUCCAGCCACAGUCUGCUUAUUCUGUGUGAGCGAUAGAGCGAUUAAGAUUCCUCUUGGUGUCAUAAACUCAGAUAUAUAAGCUAAUCGCUAAAUGGCAUCUUAAACCUAGGUUAUGACUGCCACAACAGAAUGUCUAGGUGCCAAUCUUUUUUAAACAAUGAGCCUUAUUCAUAGCUGUCAACUUUUCCCUUUUCUUGCGAGGAAUCCUAUUCGGAAUAAGGGAAUUUCCCUUAAAAAAAGGGAAACAUUGACAGCUAUGGCCUUAUUGUUUUAAUUAUUUUUCAUUUCAUUUCUAUACCACUUGAUAUAUUAAAGAAAAACAUCAAAGUGGUUUACAACACAUGAAAACAUCAAUUGAAACAACCCAGAAUAAAACAAAUUUAAGUUUCAAAGAAAACAUUUCAGAUCCCUCUCUAAGCGACAUUUUGCUUUCCCCAGAAUUAUUUGCCUACUUAAUUUAUAUAGCUGCCCCAUAGUAGAAGUACUCUAGGAAGUCAGUGUACUGUAGUGGUGUCAGACCAGGACCUGGGAGAUCAGGGCUCAAAUCCCCAUUCAUUCAUGAAGCUCACUGGAUGAUCUUGGGCCAGUCACAACCUCUUAACCUACCUCACAUGGUCGUUGUAGGGAUUAACUGAGAUGGGGAGGUGAACCAUAUACUCCUUGGAGAAAAACGUGGGUUAUAAAUGCAGUAAAUAAGGUCAUCUGCUUACCUGCUUAAGAAAGCAGGAGGGGCCAGACAGAUGGAGAUGUCAGUCACCAACCUGGCAAUCCAGAGAUCUCCACAGGGUUGCAAUUGGACCCGCGCCAGUCAUAAAACAUGCCUGGCUAAUUUUGGACACUGUUUCUCAUUGCUAGGUUGCCAAAAGAGAGAAGGCAGGUAGGCAAGUGCCUUGCCAUUGUCAAUUAGCCACAUGAUUUUCGGGGUGGGGGCAGCCACUUCUACUUUGCUGCCUACUCACUCUAGGUUCUGGGUCUGAUUCCCACUCCUCUCUGCCCAGAGGGAGAGGGCAGACUAAGGAAUGGAGGGAGCUGCUCUUUUGAACUGCUGUUUGUUUACCUGGGCUGGGGAGGAGGAGCAGGUGCUGCUGUCACCACAGGCAAAGCUCCAGGGGACCUUUCUUUCUGGUAGCUGAUUGGAGAAUGGCACAGAUAGGCCAUCCCAAGAUGCUGAGGCUUUGGCAUCUGCUGUACAGUACUACCCCACUCCCCGUGGGAAAGCAUUAAAAACAACAUUUCCUAUCUGUAAUCUGAAGAGGUGCAACUCAUCUACCGCCUCAGGAUCCCUCUUCCCAGCUCAUACUGAAUGUGCACACAGAUCCACAGCUAUCCUUUGGGAUCAGAGUCAUUCUUAAAUUCCACAGCUCCUGUCACUCAAGUCACAGCAUUUUUAGGAUGAGUAUAGUGACAGAUAGAAACAAACCAGGUGGAACUUAGUGAAAUAUUCUAAGGCAAAUUGUAUGUUAACAAGGGGCCAGCCAGAUAUUUUUGUGCACUUGCAAGCAUGGCACUAUAAGGGUGACUGCUUUACUGUGUGUAAAGCCCUUGUACUCUUUAUUAGAAGUGUGUUACUAACUUUUGUUGCUUAGUAGCUGUUGACUGCAAUACUUAAUAGAAUUCCAUGCAUCUUUUAGAAAGCCAUCCAAGAUAGGCAGUUCUUAGAGAAAAAGAUUCCAUAAUUAUGCAUUGUGUAAAGUACACUCUUUCCUGAUCUGUUUUAAGAUGGACAAAUCACCUUCACUGAUUCGGUACUGUCCUAAUGUGGAUUUUGGAUUUUUUGUUAUGUCUUGCCCAGCUACGGUUUGUGCACUUUCACUGUGUGAUCCUGAGCUCUAUUAUAUGAGAGAGAGAGCGCACAAGCAAUUAAUCUUCUAACAGUCCACAAGAUAAUUUCUCUUCAAAACCUAUGAAAUUGUUUGAUAAUUAUGGAAAUCAAGCACAUUAUUUUGCAUGGGCUUUUUUCAAAAAGCUGAAGAAUGUUUAUAGAAUUAAGUAUGGUGUGAAGAAAGAGGGAUAGAGGGAAGUUUCUCUCACGUAAUACUGGACUCUCGCAUAAUACCAAUGCAGCUGAAUGGACAGAUAAAAGAAAGUACUUUUCAUACAGUACAGGCCAGUCAAGAAGAGGUCACUGGUAUAUGAGGAGGCCCAUAGCCUUCUGAGGGCCCAGAUGUUUUAACCUGGGCUGCUAACGUUGCUGUGGUUAUUAUGUGAUAACCACAACAAAUAUUCUUGGAAUACACUGCUUGCCCCCCCCCCCCUUUAACAGUUUUUAAUCUUGAAUUUAUUCAAGCAUGGACAUAUGAACUUUGUUUGCUAUACAGUGGUACCUCGGGUUACGGACGCUUCAGGUUACAGAUUCUACUAACACAAAUAGUACCUUGGGUUAAGAACUUUGCUUCAGGAUGAGAACAGAAAUUGCAUGGCGGCGGCGUGGCGGCAGCAGCAGUGGGAGGCCCUAUUUGUUAGGAUAUUUCCGUUCCACCUUAAAAGGGAGCAGGCUGUGAGUCACAGAGUCUGCGUAUUUCCUGUUCACAGGAUGUUUAUGUUUUCUGUUGCUUUCGUUUUUCUCUCUCUGUGUCGGAGACACUGACGCAGGUAGUCAUGUCUUUCUUUCUUCUGAUCAACGCUGAAUAAAACUUGUAAAUAAUGCUCUCCUGAGUGCGACUUUUGCUGUGACUAUCUGCUGAUAGAGUGUGCAUGAGCUCUGGAAUGUGGCAAGAUAUUUUCUAGAAACUCAUGUCACUAAUUGCUGAUACUGCGUGCCUACAGGAGAUCGAUGGAUCGUCUGGCAGACGGCUUGGGGCCAUGAUGGACUUUGUCUCCCUGGCAGUAUCCCAACACUAUUAGCUAAAGUGGUACCUCAGGUUAAGAACAGUUUCAGGUUAAGAACGGACCUCCGGAAUGAAUUAAGUUCUUAACCCGAAGUACCACUGUGAAUCUAAAAUCGGUUUUGACUUCCCCUCUUCCAUCUGAAAUACCACACCUGGUUUUGUACUGAAUGUACUGUAGCAUUGCUAGCCUAAGAAUAAUUAACAAUGACAUAAAUAAUUUAUACCUUAUGUGCCUUUCCAGCUGUGUGACAGGCAGAUGUUUGUCUCUUGGUGCUGUGCUGCCCCGCAUUGCAGCCACGCCAGGCUGACAGCUGGAGAUGUUAGGUGUCAAACCUGGUUUCUAGACAUCUCUACUGCCUCACAAACAGCCGUUGCCUGUUGUGAAAUGUGACUGGUACCUGACUAAUUUUGAAUGCUGCUUGAAAGAGGAAAAACAAUGUAGACAACGUGAUUUUUAUUACUGGGAAACUCUAGUUAAGAGUGUAGAUUUGGAGUUUUCCAGAGCUGCUGGCUGGCUGCAUCAGGAAGGAGGGAGGUCCUUAUCAAAUGAGGUAAAGGCUAUUGAGGAGGAGUGGUCUUCUUUACAUAGGCAUAACACUCCCUUCCUGGAAAGUGAAACUAAUCUUGCACUUAGAGGUUGACUGCUGCAAAGAGUCCCAAAGAAAGCUGAAUCUAAAGCUAUGAAUUCUAAACCAUCAGAUUAUCAAAGGCAGUCAGAAUGAAGUUGGUGAGUUUCUUUUGAGUUUCUUGACACUCAUAAGACAUGGGAAUUCUGCCAGAAUUAAUGUUGGUUAGAAUUUUUUUUUGAGAAGUAUGAUGUAAAGGUUCCAUUCUUACUAUUGAUAAAGCUGGAUUAAAUUAGCAAUAUUAUUAUUAUUAUGCUGCCUGUUAUUAUGCUUUUUAUUAUGUUUUUAUUUUUGAUGCUCUGUAAAAUGUGUUUGUAAUGCUGUACACUGCCCUGGGAUCUUUUGAUAAAGGACGGUAUAUAAAUUUAACAAUCAAUCAAUCAAUCAAUCAAUAACACUUUAUACACUUGCAGGACAUGGAAGCAAAUACAGAUUUAGUUCAUAGUUUUCACUGUUUGCACUAAAUAUAUGCUAAAUUAGAUCACUCUCCCAGACAUCAGGAAAUUUUCUAGUGCAAACUUAAAAAUCGCUAAUUUUGCUAGGAUUCAACCCACAUAACUUGCUUUAAUCUGAGUGCUGAGCCCCAAAAAAGUGCCACAAGGCAAAAGCAGAUUCAAAAUUCUAAUAAUUACUAGCAAGUCAUGCUUAGUUCUGAAUGCUUAGGGCACUGGAAAGAAAAAAGGAGCUCGGGUUCUUAGCUGCAAUGACAAUCUGUGGGUCUUAAGUGAAGAUGUGGUGUUCGAAAACAAAUGUAACUUCUGGAGCUAAGUAAAAGUACAGUGUGUGUGCAAUAACUGAUUUGACUUUAUCUUGAAAGCGUUGAGACAAUUCCCAAAGAGUAUGCCAAACAGAAUUGCAACUGUACCACAAGAAAAAGUAAAGACAAUUAAUCGGACUUUGGGCUCAAAGUAUCUGCCUAUGGAUGAGGCUUCCAUUUGCCUGAUUCACUGUUCAGGUCUUCUUGCCGGGCUGGGUAAUUAUGCCACAUCUCUGUAUUGUGUGUGUUUGGCUCAAUCAGUCAAUUCCUGACAUUCAGACAAACUACAGAUUACAUGGCUCUGGAAUGAGGCUGCUAGAAAGUAACCAAGGUCAGAGCAUGGAGGAGGCUGACAGGAAGGAACCAAGGCCAGGAGAGUGAACUAUGCAAAAACACAGAGCAGCCUCCUAUAAAUGUAAGCUAAUUCUGCUUUGAUGCACACUCUAGGCUUGCCUCCUACACACACACACACACACACACACACAGCAUGCAAUGUACUUUUCUUACUCUUACAAACUUCUUACAAAUUAUUCUUACUCUUACAAACCUCUUACAAGUUAUUACUUGUGCAUUGUUUUUCAGGUGUAAUAGUAAAGUGUACCUCCAUUACUGGAAGUCUGAGAAAUACUAGGCUAGACUCUGCAGGUGUGGAUGCAGAGGCCCUGUUCUGUAUCCACAUCACUAUGCAUUGAAGGUGGGAUGCAAUGAACUUUUUUUGUGUGGGGGGGUAUCUGAUCCCAUUGUGGAUGUUCAGUUUGUGACAUGAGUAGGAGUGGUUCUGUGAAUGUGAACAGAAGCUGUGGUUUCAAUAGUCUGAUUGUGGUUCCACUAUCUCAUAUAUUCCACAAGUUAUGACACAUUUGCCCAAAAGGCUUGCCACUGCAUGACACCAGAUUGUCAAUACAAAAUGCUAUCUGCCCAAACAUAUUUAGAAUCUAUCCUUUUGACUUGACCUCUCAUUUGAUAUACAAGUUAAGCAGUAUGUUUGUAUAGGUAGUAUUUUCAUGAACUUGUUUUUUCUCUUAUAGGAACGGCUCUAUUCUUGACUACUUCAAACCAUCUCCAAAUCAAGGUAAGCAAAUCUUUCUGUUUAUAAAAUGUCUAGUACAGUAUUGAGCUGUGGAGCUCAUCACACAUUACUCUUUACUGUGAAAAGCAUGAAUAUAGGUGUAUAUUAUAGUAUAGGUGAAAAUUGCACAGUUCUGAUUUAUUGCAUGUCUGGAAGCAACUGCUCAUGCAUCACAUUCUGCCAGGCUCCCUUUUUACCAGGCAGAGGAAGGGGCAAAUUUCAUAGCUGGUGACAAGUCUCCCACAGUACUGGGAAUGAGAUCAUGCCAUGCAUUCUCUUGAUUUGGAUACCUUGGUUAAUCCCUGGCAGUAGUUUCACAGCCUUGUGUUGAUGGGCAGCAGGCUUCUAAGCACUGGGCAUGUCUAUAAUCUUGUUCACAUCAGGAAGUGUAACCAAUGUGAAGCUUACUAAACAUGAAAAUGAACUACCAGACAUUUGAAUUGCAUUUAAAGUGUCUUUACUUUUCAAAAAUCCAACAGAUUUUUGGAGUGAUUUGAUUGGUCAAGAUUACUAUGAGAGCCACUGCAGUAUUUGGAUGAGGAUGAUUAUGGUGUUACCAAUCUUGAUUGCUAUUUAUUAAUGUUUAUUUAACAAUUUGUUUUUAAUGGUUGGAAACUUGAGUUUUAUUUUUAAAAGUUUGACCUAAACCAGUCAUCCCCAUUGUGGUUUCUUCCAGAUGUUUUUGGACCACAGUUCCCUUCAUCCUUGAUCAUUUGCCAUGCUGGCUGAGGCUGAUGGGAACUGGAGUCUAAAACGUUUGGAGGGUUCUAGGGCGGAGAAGUUGAUCUAUGCUGUCUGGUAGGAUCUCUUCAGGUUUAUUCUUUGCUUCUCAAUGACAUGAUGUGGGGGGGGGGUCAAGCUAGCCACAAGCCUUGGUUUGGACAUAAUGUGAAGCCAGCUCUAGUUUGUUUUCUUCCCAGCGUGGCAACAGCAGGAGCGACUUUGGAACUUUUGAGCAGCAUGCAUUAGCACUGUGCUCAUAGUUUAAAAUAAACCAUGGUUUAAUGCAGGGUUCUUCAAACUCGGCCCUCCAGAUGUUUUUGGCCUACAACUCCCAUGAUCCCUAGCUAGCAGGACCUGUGGUCAGGGAUGAUGGGAAUUGUAGUCUCAAAAAACAUCUGGAGGGCCGAGUUUGAGGAAGCCUGGUUUAAUGUGUUGUGUGAAGCAGUUUUGAGAUUCUGGUAUUUUUUUAUUAGAGUCAAACCUUGAUUCCUGAACAGCUCCGUUUUGGAACGUUUCGGCUCCUGAACGCCGAAAACCUGGAAGUAAAUGCUCCGGUUUUCAAAUAUUUUCCAGAAGCCGAACAUCCGACAUGCCUUCCGCUUGAGUGUAGGAAGCUCUUGCAGCCAAUUGGAAGCCGCGCCUCAGUUGUUGAACAUUUCAGAAACUGAAUGGGCUUCUGAAACAGAUUACGUUCAACAACUGAGGUUUGACUGUACUAACUUUCUGCUUUGUUCAGCAUUUGUUGAUGAAGACAGAACUCUGUUAAUGUUUUUCAGAAAAAAGAAAUGGGAAAGCUGGGCUUUCAGUCUCACAUACGGAGCAUCUUAGAAAAAGCAUAUUAUCUCCAAAACAGAAGAGAAGGAAGAAGUUGCCAAUUCCACCACCCAAUCGGAGUCCUUUAAUUGAGGCCUUUCUCAGAGGUGCUAAAUCUGAGAAAAAGGACUGUCCAGAUAAUGGAAUUUUUAUGACAUCAAAGGUUUUGCAUCCCAAAGCUGUUGCUCGGCAACUCUUCACAACAGAUGGAUCCUCAGACUGUUCUUUCAUAUUAAAAGAUAAUAUAUGCACAAAAAACCUUGAAAAGAAUGAAAUAUCUACUAUUCGAACAAGGACACCAUUAGUAGAAAAUAGUAGAGAAUGUAAUAUGGAUUACAUGGAACUAGACACAGCUGGUUCAGGCUUGACUAAAUGGGCUUCAACAGCAGAAAAUGACAGUUUGAACAAGGAUAACCACACAUACUAUCAAAAAAUGGGUUGUUUGAAGAUACCACAGUUUAGCCCAAUUAGUUCUUCAUCCCAGUUGUUGUCGGAAGUUGUUUGCAGGGAGAGACAAGUGAAGGAGAAAAAGAUGCUAUCUAAGCAACAACCUUUUGACUCCGUAAAGAAAUCCUUGGAAGUUAGCUUUUCUAACCAGGUAUGUUAAAGGGGGUAAUAAAUACCAAAGCAAUGAAGUUUUUAAAUGUAGCAUUCACAGUAUUAUCCAGUUAUGAAAUAGUAAGUAUACCUUCCUGCUCUGGUCACUUAAUAUUUAAGUUACUGUUUGGGGAUUUUUAAAUAAUAUGAACUUUGGGGCUCCUUUAAGCUAUUUACAGUCUUAAGAUUUGGAAAGUAAUAGGCCUUGAUGUGGCAUUGCCUUUAUUUUAGCAAGGGUGCUGCCUCUUUUAUUUCAGUUUCAUGCUAGUUUAAGUAUGACCAGCCUCUGUAUUUUCAAGGCUGCUGUACUCUCCAGAAAGUUGUCAGGAAGUAUGUAUUGCCACACAAACUGAUUUCACACAUAGACAGUUAAAGUCUGUUAUGGCUAUUAACUGUGGACAGACCAGGAAUCCCCUUUAAAAACAAUCUUACAUGUUUGCUUAGGUAUGCCUGAGGCUGUACUUGGUAGUUGCUCUUGGAACUAUUAUGGGAUGACUUAGCACUUACACAAGUGCCAGUCUGGGGUGGGGGGUGGAGAGACUCUAGCUGCUACCAACUCAUUCAUCAUUUACAUCCAAGUGAGUGUCAGUUCUGGGUAUCCAUAAAUAAUCAAGAAUCUACUGACACAAGCAUACUUUACUACAUACUGGUGGCUUUCCAACUUAGUACUUGCCUUUUACAUUACAUCAAGCAUAAUGUCCAGAAUUUAGGAAGACUUUGUGGAUUGGUCAGAAAACUAGACAGGGCAAACAAAACAUUAAUGAUCUACUCAGCAAAACUAACUUCAGAUAUUAUUAAACACGCCUCCCCAAAUAAAAUUGCAUUUCUGCCUACUACUAUUUAUUUGCCAUAGAAAUUAUGGAGAUUAGGAAACAAUAGUGUACAAAGAAUCUAGUUACCUUGGCUACCUUACUGUUCGGAAGGUUGUAACUGUCUUGGUUCAUAUCAUUUGCAUGUGAAAAUGUGCAUAAGUUUACAUUUUUCCUUAAAUGCAACAUGAGCUGUCAGAAACCUAAGGUUCAAUCAUCACAGCAAACUUGGCCGGUUAUGCUAAAAUGACCUGUGGAUGCUUCCACAUGAUAGUUUAUUGUAAAUGCAGUGUUGUUCGUGCUAGGAAGCUUUUUGUGGUGUCCACAUGAUGUCAUAAAAAAAGUUGGAUUUUCCCUUUCAGAAAUUCCAUUACGUAAAAUGUAUGGCCUGCAUUUGAAGUCAGUGCUGGUGUGAAAGCACCUUAGCACUUUUUUUUGGGUGGGCAGUUUUUCAUGAGUGUGGUGAUAUCACUCUGCCAUUUUGUUUCUGGCAGCCCAAAUAAAGCAAUUCACUGAUUGCCCCAUUCUGAAGGCACAUGCAUAGUACCUAUAUCAGCCUCUCUUUAAUUUUUAAUAUGGAAGAUUUAAAUAUGACUGCUCUUGCACAAAAUCUCUCUCUCUGUGUGUGUGUGUGUGUGUGUGUGUGUGAGUGCGCACCUACCCCAAGAGGAUAUAAACAGGGCCAAAAGUUGGCAAUGAUUGCUAAGCAAUGUGAGGAAGGAGCUGGAGUAGGAUGACAGGAUGUGGCUCACAGAGACCUUACUGGGCAGCUGAAAGAAUGAUGGUGGCUGUAGCCAGGUCGGGGUGGUGGCAGCCUGUUUGGGAGGUGCGCUGCAAGGAGUUCCCUUAACCAGCUGGUUUUAGUGUUCAAAAUGUUUCUGGGUUGGAUGAUCUAUAGGAAAUUAAAAGCAGUAGAAUGCAUGAAACAGAGUAUGAUGGAAAUGAAUAUAUUUGUGCUACAGUAUCAUGCCCCCUCCUGCAAGCAAAGAACUCCCCCCCCCCGCACCAAUACUUCCAGUUUUGUCUACUGUGACACAUGCUGGUAACAUUUGCUCUUGGGUUUUUCCUGGGGGGUUUUUAAAAGGGAAAAUGUGUGUGUACAUGUACACAUUGUAUGUCAGUGGCACACACAGGAAAAAAUUGAUCUGAAUACCCUGUUUGUGAGAACACCCUCCCUUGGAAGGACCCUGAAUAUGCAAUUUCCCUUUCCUGCGUCAACAUCCAGGUUGAAGUCUGUAUCAAUGAAUCCAUUAUUAAUGAUAAGUUAAAAUAUUUGAUAGAGUUCCCCGUGACUUGGAAGAUUCACUUUCCACAUCAUGUGUGUGCUUUGUUCAUAGAAAUCUCUGCCAAGCUGGACAAAACAGCUUUUUCCUCUGAGGUUUUAGAGCUGAGAUAUCUAUAUAAAAGUUACAAAGAAAACAGUUGUGUUUAGAUGCAGCCAUAAUCAUUGAAGCAUUUUCCUUAUCUCUGCGAUUUGAGUGGUUAGCCACAUCCUUCCUGCUUUGGGGAUGAAGAGAUGUAUGAAUCUCAUAGUAUUGUCUUGCAUUAAACAAGCCAGUGCUAUGAGGAUAAUAUGUGUGCCUACAUCCUAUUUACUGGAAUCACAUAGGCAUAUGAGAGAGCCCUGGCCACAUGAGAGGGAAACAAAGAGCAUGGUGUAUGAUUACUGCCAGGUACUUAUUUACAGGGCCACAUAUCAGCGUUCAUUUUUAGCACAAAGGCAAAAGAAAUCUAUUUUAAGUUUAGGCUUUUCAUUUUCAAAAAUGUGGCCAUUUUUACGUAUUUGAGUCUUCUGCUGUUCAGCAGUCUUGCACAUUUCCUUCAGGACCAUGUGUGGAAUCAAGCUCAAUACCUUCUCACAACUAUCACUAGAAGCAGAUAUCAGGCUUUUUUGAUUCCACAAUACAAGCAGUAGUUUGAGGGGUAUGAAAUAAUGGAGUGAGCUCUGAAAUCGAUCCUCAGUUAUCAGUGUGCUUGCUUGGGUUGCCUAAAAGUAAGAGCAUGCAAAGGCAAGCAAUAGUAGUUAUAGCUGAAAAGUAAGUACUAGAGAUCCAUCUAUAGCUCCUGCCUUCAUCAAAUGUGAGGAACCAUUGGCCCUCCAGCUGUUGCUGAACUACAGCUCCCAUCAUCCUUGGCCAUGCUUGCUAGAUCUGAUGGGAGUUGUAGUUCAGCAACAUAAAAGGCCAUGUAGGUUUUCAGGUUACCUAUGCCUGUCAUUUUUAGCUUCAUUUAUGCAUUCUAAAAGAAAAAUAUGUGGAAUAUACUUUAGGGUCCCAUGACUGCAAAUGAAAAUUUUCACUGUCCCAAAUAAAUACAGUGGUACCUCGCAAGACGAAUGCCUCGCAAGACAAAAAACUCGCUAGACGAAAGGGGUUUUUGUUUUUUGAGCUGCUUCGCAAGACGAUUUUCCCUAUGGGCUUGCUUCGCAAGACGGAAACGUCUUGCAAGUUUGUUUCCUUUGUCUUAACACCGUUAAUACAGUUGCGACUUGACUUCGAGGAGCAACUCAUAGAACGCGGUGUGGUAGUCUUUUUUGAGGUUUUUAAAGACUUUGGUGAUUUUUGAAGCUUUUCCAAAACUUUCCCGACACCGUGCUUCGCAAGACGAAAAAAAUCGCAAGACGACAAAACUCGCGGAACGAAUUAAUUUCGUCUUGCGAGGCACCACUGUAGUUGUGGUGGCUCUUAAGAGUUGAGUUGUUUGCUGUGCCCAUAAAGCAGUAAUACCGUUUAAGGCAUUGUCAAAUCUUUUUUGUCUCUGCUUAUUUGUAGGAUACCAGAGGUCUCUUAACAAAAAGAUCAGACUCUACUUCGCGGGAAUCUUCCUCAGGUACGAACAUAGCAGCUAAUGAUGUAGAAGAAUUGGAACAAGUAGCUUACUGCACUGUAGUAUCUCCCCUAUUGAUGGCUCCAGUUGUAACUAAUUUACAUACAGUAAUCCAGCGUAUAUUUACAUGAAAGUAAGUUCCAUUAUGUUCAGUGGAGCUUGCUGUUAGGUAAGUGUACAUAGGACUACAGCCUGAAGAGCUCUUUAUUUUCUUAAGAUGUUCUAAAUCAGGGGUAGACAAUGUGGUGAUGCCCUCCAGAUGUUGUUGGACAAGGCCAACAAACAAUUCUGGUCAACAGUAUCCACCGACAUCAUGGGCCCAGUUGGCAGUCUAGAUUAAUCCCUUUGAUCUCGAACACCUUGUGAGUCUAAAGUUUUGGUUCCUGAACACCACAAACCUGGAAGUGAGUGUUCAGUUUGUGAAUGUUCUUUGGAACCCGAACGUCCUUUUUGGCAUUUCUGAACGCUUUGGAAGUUGAACAGAAUUCCAGAAUGGAUUCCGUUCGACUUCUGAGGUACCACUGUCAUCCCUUGGAACAUUCUGUUACAUUGACAUUCUAAUCAAACAGAACUUUUUCAAUGAUGUACCACUAUUUUAGAGGCCUUGCAUUAUAUAAUAAUUUUAGUUAAUUUUCAUUUCACAGCUGAAUCCUCUUCAGUGCAAGCUUCAGAAGCAGAAUUUCCUUCAGGAUGGGACUCUGAUGAAAUGAUUAACAUGAGAAAAAGCCAGACCUGCCCAUCAGUACACCCUGACUCAAUACCUUUGUUGGGAAUAUCAAAACAUAAAGAAUAUUCCAGAAAACGAAAAAGGAAAUCUUUAGAAACAGAUUUGAAAAAAUCAAAGAGGUCCAAUGUACAGAGGUUUGAAAAACACAAUUUUAGUAGUUCACUGGAAAAACAUAAUUCUGACUGCUCAAAAAACAGAAUGUCACCUCAUGUUGACUUGCAGGUAGAGGUUAUGACUCCACCUGACAGUAAUUUGCCUCUUUCAAUAGAAUAUAUUGAUACUGAAGAAAAUGGAUAUAACAGUAUGGAUACAACAAAUAAAGAUUGCCAAAUCCAAAUUACAGAUGCCAAAGAGAGUCAGUUACAGACAUUCCCAAAAAUUAAUUUAGAAAAGGUGCUUCCUUUGUUUAAAAAAAUAGACUAUAAAUCCAUUAAAUGUCAAGAAAAAAUAUUUUCCAAACAGUCAACAGAAUCUGAAUCACACAUUCGGCAUAAUAGUUCAUGUGAAGCACUGAAAAUGACAGUUCAUCCGCCUCUCACUUCUACUUUACCUUCAGAAAAUAAUUCUGAGCACCCUGUAUUAUUGGGAGAUAAUGUUCUGUCAUCAGAAGAUUUGGAUCUUGGCACCAUCUCUAGCUCUUCAUCCGAUUUAAAUGAAGGUUCCAAGCCAAGGGCAUGUAUUUUGAACAGAAAACCAAGUCACUUUUGUGAUAGUGAUAUUGAGACCUCUGACAGCAAUAUGGACAGCAGUGAUGAAGAGAUUCUCUUGCCACUUGACCAAAUACUGGCCCAGAGUGCCAGACCAUCUGCAGAAAACCCAGAACAGAGAAAUGAUGAAAAUGGUAAAACAGACACCAUGAGUCCAUCACAGAAGAUUCCUGUAAGUGGUUAAAAAGCUCAUCUUAGUUUAGGAAAUCAUUUGAAUAGUUCACAUGUAAUUAUCUGAGACUAAUAAGCCAUGCUGUAUCAUGUGCUUCUGUGCUUACUCCAUAUUUCUCCUUGUACACUGGGCUUCAGCACUUUUAUUCUUGUUUUUUAAAAAAAACGAAAUAAAAACCCCCCUCAAAUUCCUGUUGCUUCCAGCUGGGGAAACUGAUCUAAACUCUUAUAAACCAGGCUAUGAAACCCAAGAGGAGAGAGGCAAGAAGCGAGCCUGCAGGCACAAGUCUUGUUCUCAGGUUAGAGAACCAUGGUCUGGGAUAACUGAACUGGGCUGUUCUAGCUGUGUCAAAUGUGAAUUUCUCUUGAAGACUGGUAUUUUAUAGCAUGGGUGGGAAAAGUCCUGGGCAGUUUUCCAGAGUUAUUGUCAGAAGUGACACAAGUAAACACAAGCUCAUUCUGGUUUAAUGUUUCAGUUUCAGAAGGAGUAAGCUAUUCUUACUUUGAUAACUACAGUGGUGUUGGUGUGUAUAGUUAGGAUGGGUACUUGCAGGAAUAUAGCAGUCAUGCCGAAACCUUGUUAAAUAGGUAUUAUGACAUGUUGAGAAGUCACAGCUGCUGUUUCGGCUACCUGAGUCUAUGCCCUUCCUCUUUAAAAACAGAAAGGCUAUGUUAUAUUUUCUCAAGUCUGCAUCCAGGCUCGGUUCAUGUGUUUUGGUACCUUAGCUCCUAAUCAGAGCCACAGACAGAUGGCUGAGUUAAAUGGACAUUUCUGAAAAAAAAGUAAAUAAGUCAAAUUAGAAUCAUAGAAUCAUAGAGUUGGAAGAGACCACAAGGGCCAUCGAGUCCAACCCCCUGCCAAGCAGGAAACACCAUCAGAGCACUCCUGACAUAUGGUUGUCAAGCCUCUGCUUAAAGACUUCCAAAGAAGGAGACUCCACCACACUCCUUGGCAGCAAAUUCCACUGUCAAACAGCUCUUACUGUCAGGAAGUUCUUCCUAAUGUUUAGGUGGAAUCUUCUUUCUUGUAGUUUGGAUCCAUUGCUCCGUGUCCGCUUCUCUGGAGCAGCAGAUCUCCAUCAAUUUUCAGGAAAUAGAAAAUAUCCCAGGAAAAUUGCCAGUUCAAAAUCUUCCAGAAAAUCUAUAUUACUUGAGAGAGUUUGUAUUGCCCAUGUGAAGAUGGCACCUAUCUGUUUUAUUGCACCUAUACAUUUUGGGAACCUGUGGUCGUUUUCUAGCUAAAAAGAAGCAGUGUGGUCUUUGCAAUAGAGGAUGUACAACUUACAUACUUUUUGUAUUUUUCCUAGUUUCAAGAUUUUCCUUAAUCUAAAUGGUGACUGAGAACAUGCAAAGUAGUGGUAGCUAAUGGAACAAAAAUACUUCUAUUUUUAAUUUUCACUCUUUGUUUCAGCUUUUCACACCUUCUGUUAAAAAUGUCCAUUACAUGAAUCACCUGGAGGACAUCUUGAAGGAGAAGGAAGCAUUCAGAAGGUAUGUAUGCCCAUGUGUCUCCUAUCCCUAGUAAUGCAAUUUAGGAUCACCCUCCAUAAACAUUAUGUUGAAGAAUGAUAUGACACCCUUGAUGGUAUUGCCUGCAAUGAAUAUACUCACCUUUCACUUAGUAGCAGGCUAUUUCCCCCCAUAUAUGGCAUGAGAAAAGAGUUGAAGUUACAUAAAAUUAGCAUUGUUUUAGUUUUGCACUAUGAAAAUCAUCUUCUAAUCCAUCAGAUACUAAUGGAUAAGUAUCUUCCUGUCUGCAAGGGUCUCCAUUUCUACCUUAAGUCUUUUUUGUAGUUGUCUUCAUUUUGAACUUGUUGAAUUUAAAAUAUGAGAUGGUUUUCAAUGCAUCAAUACAUAAUUUGAUGAAGGCCAUGAAAACACUUGUUCUAGAAGCCUGCUUAAUGUUACAGGGUUUCUAGUGGUUACUAGGCUUCUUCAAAUCUUAUCAGCCUUAAAAAGCAGGAAUAUUUGAAGUUAGUUCCUCACAUGCCAUCUACUAUUUCCAUCCACCAUUCUCUCCUCCAUGUCAUUGUAGUAGAGAUCCUAUUGACUGUCCUGACCUUUAAAACCUAGACAGCCUAAAUUUGCUGUUUCCUAUAGGAAAAAAAUCAGUGCUCAAGUAUCAGUGCAUGUGGAUCUUUUCUGGUUCUAAAAGCCUACACUUUUAUGACCAGAAGAGAACUGUGCUGCAGCUGCCAUAGUGCUAUGUUGCUUUUUUAUGGUAGUAUGGAGUUAUAUGAGAACUGGUCUGAAGUUUAUAGGAUCAGGAAAGGUAUCUAAGAAAGUACGGCUACAUCAACAAAUCAUUGGCAGUGGGGAGAGAGGGAGCUAGCAUGCCAUUUAACUGGUCCUGGGGCAAUUGGCAUUCAUUGUAAUUGCUUGGUUGGUUGAGUCCUGACCACUGAUCAUGCUCUGCUGUGGUUGAUGGGAGUUGUAGUCCAGAACAUCAGGAGGGUACCACACUGUCUACACUGGCUUACUGCAGAGUUUGUACAAAGAAUACAUAUUAAUCUAUUGAUUCCUUAUGAAAUAACAUUAUAAUAGAAAAAAGGACAUGUCAAUGAAUUUUAGCAAUCUGCUCUAUGUUGCUUUUUCUAACUCCAGUAACAAACAGAAAUACCAGAUGCCUGUUUAUAAGAGAGGAAACAUGCCAAUAUUUAAACUUGCUCUAAGAUGUGCUGUUAUAAUCAGAGGCCAAGGUUCUUUUUAAACACCCCUCUCUGCAUUACAGGAUAGAUGAACUAGAGAAGCAGCUACAGCAAGUCAAAUGGGAAGUUCCAAUAAAUGGUCAACAUGAAGAAGACUCUGAUGAUGGUGAACUGUCUGCAGAACACAGGUCUUCUAAUUAAUCCUUUUCUUGUGAUUAUACUCAAUGAAAUACUGUUUGUCUCAUUGACCACUGUAAUCUACCCUUCUACUGGCUUUCCAAAAAAUUCCUUUAAUUUCUCUCUAGGGUCCACUCUUAUUCAUCAUUUAUAUCCUGUAUACAUGAUUGGCAGUUGUAGUGUUAGGCCAUGGCCUGGUUCAGAUGAUUUACUGUCAUAAAUCGUGUUUCAGGAUGGUUACCAGGAACCAUCAGAGCAAAUCUCUGGCUCUUGUGCUCCCCUCCUCCUCCUUUGUGUUUGAAAUGAUGAGUGAAAACUUUCACUUUAGUUCAAACCAUAGUUCUGCAUUUGAUAAAGACUUUAAGAGAUAAUGGUUUGUUUAAAACAAAUCAAAUCUCAUAUAUCCUACUUUAUCUAACUUUGGUUAGAACAAAUCCCAGUUCAAUGAGUUCAGAAGUAACCUAGAACUGUGGAUGAUUCUAAAGUAAAAAUGGACUUUGCACUCUCCUGCGCAGUGGAGGAGAGGGGAGUGGGGUCAUGUCCAGGACUUUCCAUGUCUCCCCCCCCCAAUCACUUAACCAUGACUUAGGUCAAGGAUAGGGGGCCCAUGUAUUGCAAAUCCUAUCAUGUCUGACCAUUGGCUAUGCUGGCUGGCUCUGAUGGGAGUUGGAAUCUAACAGCAUCUUUUGGACAUGAUGUUGGCUGCUCUUAGUGGAUAAAUGUGUGGGAUAACUGUUCAUUAAACAGACUUUAAGGAUUAUACAUUACAGAUGUAAUUUUGUGUUACAGAGAAUUUUUAGAGAGAUUUGCAUUAAUCAGUGAUGCUAUUCCUGACCAGCACCCAGGAGAAAAUAUAUUUCAUGUAGUACAUACUGGGAAAAUCUUCAGUCAUCUUAACCUUGAUUUGAGGAAUUCUGGGUUUCAUCCUCAAAAUCCCAUUGAAAAAUAUAUUCUCGGGUAAGGAUGGUUUUUAAUAAUGUCCAUUUUCUUAAAGUAUCAUACUAGCAAAAUGUCAUCUGUAUGGAUAGCUAUGCAUGCUAGUUGGUAGUUUGCCAAAAUCAAAGAGUCUUCUGUCCCUAAUGUAUGCUUGCUACCCUUAUUAGUCUCUGCAAAUUAGACAAGUUUCGGAAUUAGAGGUUGUGUUUAUUGAAAUGUGUCAGUCAACCUUGUGGUGCCUGUUUUAAGUGAUCAGUUUGUAAUUUACUUAAAAGACCACUGUAAACAGUUAAAAUCUUUGGCAGGGAUGUAAAGACACUUGUACUGUAAUGUGGAAUUGUUUUAAUAGUAAAUCUAGUUAUAUAAUAGUUAGAUAAGAGGAAAGAUGCAGUAAAUCUAAUUUUUAAAAUGGAACCUAUGGAGGGAGGGAAGGAGGUCUAAGCGUUUCUAAGAACCCUGUAUUUUAAUGUUUGAAAUCACUAUGUUUUAUAUGUAUAUAUAUUUUCUUUCAAAUAGAUAUAUAUAUAUAGAGAGAGAGAGAGAGAGAGAGAGAGAGAGAGGUAUCAGUUUACCUUUGAGUCAUGAAAAAUAUUGUGUACCACUUUUCAACAAGCCUAGUUAUUCUUGCAUCUGAUUUGGCUUAAGCUUCACCUGCAUCAUAUGUCAAUCUGUUAGCAAAGGCAGCAGUAGUUGGCCAUCAUAUGCUUGUGCAAGAAUUUCCUAUGAGUCUCUCAGAUGCGGCUGCAAUUCUCCUUUUAAAGCCUCUGUUAUUGGGUAGAAUUCAACGUUGUCCUCUUGUGGUUCAGUCUGUGCAAGCAUUGCAGUUUGCCAGAUGGAGCAAUCCUUUCCUCCCCCAAAUGCUGUUGGGGGUGGGUUUCUCCUGACUCCUCUGAACCAAUUUGUGGGGAAGGAGGGAGAAGCACCGCUGAACAAGCAGAAAUCCUUGUGCAGGGCUGCCGCUGGAGGGGCUGGUUAGGUGAAUCCCACCCUUAGUUUCCUUAUAUCUGAUAGUUUUUAUUGUUUCAGGUGCGGUUCUUUAAAUCUGAGAUUUAAUACACAGGUUAACUUUGAAAACAUGAAAGUGAUUCUUGGUGGUUCUUUCUGCAGAUCUGGAAUAACACAGCAGCUUUUUGUAAUCUCUGAAGGCUUGCUUCUGUCAGCUUACCACAGUUCUCCAUGUCCUGUUCCCAUUUUAAAAUGGAUGUUUCAGGUAAGAUGCAUCUUAUUUAAUGUUGCAUUGGAUAUCAUGAAUCCGGAAGCCUUAUUAGACUGAACUACAGUUAGUUUAUACCUUACAGUUUAGCUUUCUAGAUUGCUCAUGUUCUGCAUGCACACACUCCCUGGAUCCUGGAGCAUGAGCUGUUGGUAAAUCCUGAGAAUUAAAGAUCUGGCAUAUAAAAUAAUUCUUCAGUUACAGUUCAUUCUGCAUUAACUCCUAUCUAAUUUAGGAAGUGUGAGCACACUUUUAAACUAGUCACUUAAUGUCAGAAAUGUGAAAUGCCUUGCAUUUCAUGUUGAUCACUUGCUUACCUCUUCUCUCUGCACUGCCAGCAACCUCCAGGCUAUUAUUUCUCUCCAUACUGGCACUGUUUCACGAGUCAUAGGAAGGAUGCCAUAAGUGCAGUCAAACCUCAGUUGUCGAACCUAAUCCGUUCCGGAAGCCCGUUUGGCUUCAGAAAUGUUUGACAACUGAGGCGCGGCUUCCAAUUGGUUGGAGGAGCUUCCUGCACUUAAGCAGAAGCUGCAUCAGAUGUUCAGCUUCCGAGAAACGUUCAAAAACUGGAGCAUUUACUUCCUGGUUUUUGGCAUUUGGGAGCGGAAAUGGAGGCGUUCGGGAGCUGAGGUUUGACUCUGUACACCAAAGCUGUAUUCUCCUCAGGAAAGGGGAUCAGAUUUGAAAGCCUAUUGUAUCUUUACUGACAUACCAAAAUAGUUUACACAAGGGAAGACAUGGGAUGAAAUAGACUAUUACAGUAUAUGAUUGACUUCAGACAUCCCUAAAAAAGCCAAACCUUAACUCCUUUUGCAAAAGAAAGUUUUGCGAUUUGAACUUCCUGAGCUUUCACAGUAGAUAGAUUGGAGGUACUUGAGCUAAAUAGGAAGGUAAAGAUGGAGAAUAUUCUGUUUGGCUGGAGUCUUUUUAGGAUGGCUCUCUUAACACUUGCAGAUCUGUCAGAAUUUCAGUUUUGUUUAAAGAUUUAUGCCCCACAUUUUGAUUGCAAGCCAAUUUGUAGCAGAAUCCAGAGUAUCCUUUCCUUUCCUUUUGUAAUCCCAGAGAAACGGGUGGCUGGAACAGAGUUCUAUUUGGCUGGGAAAGUAAAGCAAGCUCCCGUUAGCUGCUCAUUUUGUGGCCAGGCUGGUCUUCCCAUUGCUAUCAUACCCUUCCUGUGCAAGAGGAGAUGCAGCCUCCCAAUGAUCUCCUAGCCAGUGACAGACACUAGAGCACCAUUACCUUUCAGUUCUUGUAUUGCAUAUAAGUUCUUCUUAGAAGUGUUUGAUUUUGUAAUAUGCUAUCAAAUCCACCUGAAAAUUGUCAAAUGAUUCCAUUUAGCUUUAGAGCAUUCUUUUUAAAGAAGUUAGCCUAUUAUUCUCUCCCACUCUCUUGUCCUUUUCUCAAGCUUACACUUAACUUCUUAAGUUCAUUAUGUAUAAACUUUAUGGGCCUGAAUACCUGUCCCCAGGAAAUACCCAGGAUAUCUUUCAGUUUGGAAGUCAAGGAUUUAAGAGCGCUGCCUUCGCUUUCCCCCUUAUAUAGCAAACUGGAAGAAUAUUUAAAAGACCAAAACUAGAGCAGCAAUGGUUAAUCUUAUUUGCAUUGAUCAACACUAUUCUGGCACAUCAGAUCACAUUUGUACUGUAUUUCAGUAAUUCUUCAUCACAAUGCAAGAAUACUGAAUAUGCAAAAGUUCUAAUUGUCUUAGAUGACCUUCAGUUUUGUUUCAAUUAAACAGAUGAUGUCAAUUCAUCCAGACAGUUCAUUGUCAAGAAAGAUUUUGGAUAUGUUGAUGUCAUUAACAAUUAAAACUGGUGAGUAUUUGAAACUAAACUUCAGGAAGAACUUGUAGUUUUUACACACUGGGAAGAACUUUUAAUUUUUACCCAUUGGGAAGAACUUGUAGUUUUUACACAUUGACACAAAGUCCUGCAACAGUCUUCUCACUUUUCACAUAAUUCAUUCAAAUGUAAUUUGGUUGUUUUACCAUCUAAUAGAAUUAUUUUUAGUUUAAUGUGGCUCACAAGGUUCCUUGUUAGGCACAGCAAUCUGGUGAUGAAGAUUCAGCCACUUCCUAAGCCCUUCUGGCUCACUGUAAUCAGGGAAUGGUGGGAAGGCCUUCUUUUCUUAAUUUUUCUUCUGCCAUUUUUCUUCCAGUUGUGGUAGAUGGGAAAGAAUUAACUUGCCAGCUCUAGGGCUUGGAUAGCUUUUGGGAGAGUAUCGGGAAUGAGGGGUUUUAGGAUUCUGCAAAUCCACAGCUGUCCUUGGAAUACCCUGUUUCAGGCUGCAUUUUCAACGGGCAUGCUGGGGAGCCUUCCUCUUCAUCAAUUAAGCAGCAUCUAAACUGCCACAUAAGGCCUCUUCAGCCACCAAAUGUCAGUUGUAGGAUCUCGCCCUAAGCCUUCUUCUGGUACAAAAUAUUUACCACUGAAUGAGCAGUAGAGCUAUUAGUUCAUGUGGGGAUGAGGAUGUGCAUUUACAAGGAAAUCGCAUUGUUUCUCUUGAUAAGUUGAGAUAAAAAAACAAACUACCGUAUUUUUCCGUGUAUAAGACGCCCCCAUGUAUAAGAUGCCCCCUAUUUUGGGGGACUCCAAAUUAGGAAAACACCCCUUAGCACUACCUGUGUAUAAGACGAGCCCCAAUUUUAAACCUAAUUUUUUGGUUUAAAAAUCUAGUCUUAUACACGGAAAAAUAUGGUAUAUUAUGAGACCAUGACCGGUACAGACUAUAUAAAUAUUUCUGUAUCUUUUCUGUGUUGAUAUGCUUAUAUAUUUUCUGCCAUCUUUCCCAGGUUAAUCACACUGACAGCUUAUUUGCUGCUUUGAAGAGGAUUGUGCUUUUGUAGUACAAAUGUACAAGAGUGGUGGGAAAAUAUUAAAAUAGUACCCUUUGCCUUAGAAAACACAAUUACAGUGUCCCAAAGAACGUACCAUGCUCAAGUUGCAUUCUGCUGUUUACUUAAUGCUCUUGAGUCUCCUCCGCUAUCUUCAUAAACUACUUAAAGCAGAGCUCAUGUCUGAGGGAACUCCAUACAUUAGCACUGGUAUGCUCAUUGUGCUUUCUGUUCCUCUGGUUUGGGAAUAAAUAGCCAAGUGUUAUCUCUCUGCAGCUUCAGCUAGCAACGACCAGCCAAGGCCAUGGAUUCCAUCAAUAUUUGAUAUAGCAACUGUGCUACUGAAUAUGGGUGUUCCUUUCAGUGCACUAUUUCCUCUGCAAGAUUUUCAACCUAACUUUUCUGAGGAUGAUAUAGUGUAAGUGUUUAGCAUCAUAUCAGUUUUUUCAAUGGAUUCAUUAGGGAACCAUAGAAAUAUUUGCUACUUUUGUAAGGUUCCGAUUAGUAUGUUUCUGUGGUUUGCAUUUAAGUAGGUAUUUAAUGCUGUGAUUUUAUUACAGUGGUACCUCGCAAGACGAAUGCCUCGCAAGACGGAAAACUCGCAAAACGAAAGGGUUUUUGGUUUUUUGAGUUGCUUCGCAAGACAGUUUUCCCUAUGGGCUUGCUUCGCAAGACGGAAACGUCUUGCAAGUUUGUUUCCUUUUUCUUAAAACCGUUAAUACAGUUGCGACUUGACUUCGAGGAGCAACUCAUAGCACGCGGUGUGGUAGCCUUUUUUGAGGUUUUUGAAGACUUUGGUGAUUUUUGAAGCUUUUCCAAAACUUUUCCGACACCGUGCUUUGCAAGACGAAAAAAACCGCAAGACGACAAAACUCGCGGAACGAAUUAAUUUCGUCUUGCGAGGCACCACUGUAUCUUUUUUUGUCUCCUGAUACAUAUUUUCCUCUGUCCUGAGACCUCAAAAUGUAGACUCAAAUUAAACAACAUUCUAAGUUUUAUGUUCUAUAACGUCCUACAAAUGUGCCAAGGCAGAGCUUUUUAUAGUAGUUCAUUUUGUCAAAGUGUAAUAAAUUUAAUGAGGGAAAUCCUUUUUUGCUAGAUCUGAAAUGCAUGAGACUAUACAGAAAAAACCAAGUGGAGACAUCUUUGGAAACUCGGUUCCUAUCUUUCAUCUAAUAGACACCAACCUUUGCAAUAUAUCCAAGGUGAGAGAGACCCCCCACUCUUUUUCCUGUUUUUGAAAGUUCUCUUGUAUAAGAGAAGCAUAUGUGGUGAUUGCUGGUGAUAGUCAUGAUUCACUUGGACAGCUAAACUUAGUAGCUGGUUGAUCUUGACUGUUAAAGCUUUUAAAAAAGAACGUUAUUUCAAUGAGCAGUAUGUUUCUUAUUGGUAGUUAGCAGAAAUUGACCCCUGAUAGGUUCAAGGACAGACAAACCUAGUAAGUUUCACAUCAAAGGAAUAAACACUGUCUGCACUUGUAAUACGCAACUGAGAUAAGAUUCAAUAUUGCUUAAAGAAGAAGUUUUAUUAUCAUCUCAUUUCUCCCCUUAAGUUUCUGCGGCUCUGUAUAAGCAUGUACCCAGAAGGUUACACGGACAAAGAAAUAUUUAUGUUGCUGUUGCUGCUGCUUAAACUGAGUUUGGCAAAAGAGCUGAAACAAUUUCCCCUAGUGGACUUGGAAUGCCUUGUUAUAAAACUACUGGAAAAUAUCAGAGAGUGGGAUACCAAGGUAACUGCAUCAAUAAGUGUUUAGUGUAAUCUGUGUAAAAUUGAGCUUAAUUUUGCCAAAACCUCCAGAAUUUGUGUGUUUAGCCAUGCCUUGAGGGAACUGCUGCUUUGGUUGAGCUCCAAAAGAAAUAUAAUACUUUAAAAUUCCAAUCAUUUGCUGAUAAAUACUACUUGUAUUGGAGACACUGAUUGGAAAUAUUCUUUUUUGUCUAAGAAGUAGUAGAUGUGUUAAACUGCAGCUACAGCGGCAGUGAAGAUAACAUGGUAACCAAUUUUUAUCUCAAAAGUAAGCAUAGAUAUUACAAGAGUGCAUUGUAUCCCAUAACAUGUUGUUGUCGUUUAGUUGUGUCCGACUCUUCGUGACCCCAUGGACCAGAGCAUGCCAGGCACUCCUGUCUUCCACUGCCUCCCGCAGUUUGGUCAAACUCCUGCUGGUAGCUUCGAGAGCACUGUCCAACCGUCUCGUCCUCUGUCGUCCCCUUCUCCUUGUGCCCUCCAUCUUUCCCAACAUCAGGGUCUUUUCCAGGGAGUCUCCUCUUCUCAUGAGGUGGCCAAAGUAUUGGAGCCUCAGCUUCACGAUCUGUCCUUCCAGUGAGCACUCAGGGCUGAUUUCCUUAAGAAUGGAUAGGUUUGAUCUUCUUGUAGUCCAUGGGACUCUCAAGAGUCUCCUCCAGCACCAUAAUUCAAAAGCAUCAAUUCUUCGGUGAUCGGCCUUCUUUAUGGUCCAGCUCUCACUUCCAUACAUCACUACUGGGAAAACAGUAGCUUUAACUAUACGGACCUUUGUCGGCAAGGUGAUGUCUCUGCUUUUUAAGAUGCUUUCUAGGUUUGUCAUUGUUUUUCUCCCAAGAAGCAGGCGUCUUUUAAUUUCGUGACUGCUGUCACCAUCUGCAGUGAUCAUGGAGCCCAAGAAAGUAAAAUCUCUCACUGCCUCCAUUUCUUCCCCUUCUAUUUGCCAGGAGGUGAUGGGCCCAGUGGCCAUGAUCUUCGUUUUUUUGAUGUUGAGCUUCAGACCAUAUUUUGCGCUCUCCUCUUUCACCCUCAUUAAAAGGUUCUUUAAUUCCUCCUCCGUUUCUGCCAUCAAGGUUGUGUCAUCUGCAUAUCUGAGGUUGUUGAUAUUUCUUCCACCAGUCUUAAUUCCGGCUUGGGAUUCAUCCAGCCCAGCCUUUCGCAUGAUGAAUUCUGCAUAUAAGUUAAAUAAGCAGGGAGACAAUAUACAGCCUUGUCGUACUCCUUUCCCAAUUUUGAACCAAUCAGUUGUUCCAUAUCCAGUUCUAACUGUAGCUUCUUGUCCCACAUAGAGAUUUCUCAGGAGACAGAUGAGGUGAUCAGGCACUCCCAUUUCUUUAAGAACUUGCCAUAGUUUUCUGUGGUCGACACAGUCAAAGGCUUUUGCAUAGUCAAUGAAGCAGAAGUAGAUGUCUUUCUGAAACUCUCUAGCUUUCUCCAUAAUCCAGCGCAUGUUUGCAAUUUGGUCUCUGGUUCCUCUGCCCCUUCGAAAUCCAGCUUGUACUUCUGGGAGUUCUCGGUCCACAUACUGCUUAAGCCUGCCUUGUAGAAUUUUAAGCAUAACCUUGCUAGCAUGUGAAAUGAGUGCAGUUGGGCAGUAGUUGGAGCAUUCUUUGACACUGCCCUUCUUUGAGAUUGGGAUGUAGACUGAUCUUCUCCAGUCCUCUGGCCACUGCUGAGUUUUCCAAACUUGCUGGCAUGUUGAGUAUAGCAGCAUCAUCUUUUAAAAUUUUAAAUAAUUCAGCUGGAAUAUCAUCAUUUCCACUGGCCUUGUUAUUAGCAGUGCUUUCUAAGGCCCAUUUGACUUCACUCUCCAGGAUGUCUGGCUCAAGGUCAGCAACCACACUACCUGGGGUGUACGACACAUCCCUAUCUUUCUGGUAUAAUUCCUCUGUGUAUUCUUGCCGCCUCUUCUUGAUGUCUUCUUCUUCUGUUAGGUCCUUACCACUUUUGUCAUUUAUUAUGGUAAUCUUUGUAUGAAAUGUUCCUUUCAUAUCUCCAGUUUUCUUGAACAGAUCUCUGGUUUUUCCCAUUCUAGUGUUUUCCUCUGUUUCUUUGCAUUACUUGUUUAAGAAGGCCUUUUUGUCUCUCCUUGCUAUUUUUUGGAAAUCUGCAUUCAGUUUCCUGUAUCUUUCACUAUAUCCCUCGCAUUUUGCUUUCCUUCUCUCCCCCGCUAUUUGUAAGGCCUCGUUGGACAGCCACUUUGCUUUCUUGCAUUUCCUUUUCAUUGGGAUGGUUUUUGUUGCUGCCUCCUGUAUAAUGUUACGAACCUCCAUCCAUAGUUCUUCAGGCACUCUGUCCACCAAAUCUAAAUCCUUAAACCUGCUCCUCACUUCCACUGUGUAUUCAUAAGGGAUUUGAUUUAGAUUAUAUCUUAUCGGCCCAGUGGUUUUACCUACUUUCUUCAGUUUAAGCUUGAAUUUUGCUAUGUGUGGUGUAGUGGUUAAGAGCGGUGGACUCGUAACCUGGUGAACUGGGUUCGAUUCCCCGCUCCUCCAUAUGCAGCUGCUGGGUGACCUUGGGCCAGUCACACUUCUUUGAAGUCUCUCAGCCCCACUCACCUCACAGAGUGUUUGUUGUGGGGGAGGAAGGGAAAGGCGAAUGUUAGCCGCUUUGAGACUCCUUAGGGUAGUGAUAAAGCGGGAUAUCAAAUCCAAUUUUUUUAAAAAAAUUUUUUAAGAAGCUGAUGAUCUGAGCCACAGACAGCUCCAGGUCUUGUUUUUGCUGACUGUAUAGAGCUUCUCCAUCUUUGGCUGCUGAGAAUAUAAUCAAUCUGAUUUCGAUGCUGCCCAUCUGGUGAUGUCCAUGUGUAGAGUCAUCUCUUGUGUUGUUGGAAAAGAGUGUUUGUGAUGACCAGCUUAUUCUCUUGGCAGAACUCUUAUUAGCCUUUGCCCUGCUUUUGAACUCCAAGGCCAAACUUGCCAGUUGUUCCUUUUCUCUCUUGAUUCCCUACUUUAACAUUCCAAUCCCCUAUAAUGAGAAGAACAUCCUUCUUUAGUGUCAUUUCUAGAAGGUGUUAUAAGUCUUCAUAGAAUUGGUCAAUUUCAGUUUCUUCAGCACCAGUAGUUGGUGCAUAAACUUGGAUUACUGUGAUGUUAAAAGGUCUGCCUUGGAUUCGUAUCAAGAUCAUUCUAUCAUUUUUGAGAUCGCAUCCCAGUACAGCUUUCACUACUCUUUUGUUGACUAUGAGGGCCACACCAUUUCUUUUACGGGAUUCUUGCCCACAGUAGUAGAUAUGAUGGUCAUCCGAACUGAAUUCGCCCAUUCCCAUCCAUUUUAGUUCACUAAAUGGACCCAGGAUGUAAAUAUUUAUUCUUGCCAUCUCAUUUUUGACCACAUCCAACUUCAUGGUUCUUACAUUCCAAGUUCCUAUGCAAUAUUUUUCUUUACAGCAUUGGACUUUUCUUUCGCUUCCAGGCAUAUCUGCAACUGAGCGACCUUUCAGCUUUGGCCCAGCCGCUUCAUCAGCUCUGAAUCUACUUGUAUUUGUCCUCCACUCUUCCUCAGUAGCAUGUUAGAUGCCUUCUGACCUGAGGGGCUCAUCUUCCAGCGUCAUAACUUUUAUAUGCCUGUUGUCUUUGUCCAUGGAGUUUUCUUGGCAGGGAUACUGGAGUGGCUUGCCAGUUCUUGCUCCAGGUGGAUCACGUUUGGUCAAAACUCUCCCCUAUGACCUGUCCAUGUUGGGUGGCCCUGCACGGCAUAGCUCAUAGCUUCUCUGAGUUAUUUAAGCCCCUUCACCAAUACCAUUAUUAAAGGAUAGCCAUUGCCUCUUGUGUGCAUUGCAUUGAAACUUUUAGAUUUUUUGCAGUUGCUCUUAAUUGCUACUAAUGACUGUUUCUCUUGUCUUGCUUGUAAGAUGCCUGAGUUAUGCCGUGCAAUAAGUUACCUGUCCAGCCACCAUCAUGAUCUCUUAGGGCUGGUUCAGUUUGUCCCAAACUGGAUGACACGAGGAAGGUAAGCCUCACUGCAAUACAGUUCACUUUGCAUGUCACUUCAAAACACACAGAGAAACCACUACAUUGCAGAAAAUAAUCUUUACUUAAAUGUUAUCGUUUCAGACAAAUAAGAAGGCAUCUUAGCUUGGUAGUAAUCUUGAAGCUUCUUAAAACCCAUGUGAAAAUACCCAGCAGCCAUGACCAGCAGGUACUGUACAAACUUGCUUUAUUAACAUAUUGAGUUCUUAAGAGUUACCUUUAUUCCACUAAUCCAUGAUCGACAUUGAUGAUCAUAAGCAGCUUGCAUGACUUUCCUUGGGAGGGCAUAAAAUCCCAGAAGAACUCUUCUUUCUUUCAACCCCUUUUUCCUUUUGUAUUCCUUUUUGUGAACAAGGGAAACCUAGUUUUUGCUAUUUACAUAGAGAUAACUAGGCUUCCCUCAUUCAGGGACAGAGUAUUUUUGCUCUUACCAAUCCUAGGGCUUCCUUAAGUCACAAACUAAAAGAGGUGUUUAUUCCAAAUUGUGUCCAGCUCCUCCUGCUUUUUAGAGGCUGACUUCAGCAUCCAUCAGUUCUAAGGGAAAUCCUCUCUAAUCUAUUUUGAACAUGCUGCUUCUGUUCCUCUGCAAGCUUUUGAGUUGCUUCAGUGCUGUCUUGGUAUAUUUAUUCUGUUUUUAAAAUGUAUAUUGUCACUUUUCUUGAUAAAAUAAACUCAAAUUAUGUGCACCCAUCUUGUUUGGAUUACUACCCAGAGCUGCUGCUCAUCAGUACAACUUUACUCUGCUUGCUGUUACCGUCCCUCCUGCUCUCUUUCUCAUUCUCGAUGACUCCCAAUAAGAUGUUUGUCUUGAUUCAUGUAACUUCAAAGUAAACUAGAACCCAAGAAUUCUCAGGAUCCAUGAGCAUGAAUAAAAAUUUGGGAGAGCUCACAUACAUUAAUUAUCCUCCAGACUUUUGUCUUUAAAAAUGAUUUAGGCUUUCUCUUCUUAAUGGUGCCAAAAGCCAGGAAGUAUUAGUAAGCUGUGCUCCUCUCUAAUCUGUCCCCCCCCCCCUUCUUCCUGGGAUUACAUAGAUGUCACUUCUGUGUAAACAACUAGUGAAUAUGAAACCUUCGAAUCUGUUAAAGAGAAUAUCUGAGACAGUGGGACACCAUGAUGGUCUUAAAGAAGAGUCUUUUCUUCGUCAGUAUGAACCGGAGGUAAUCUCAGACACCAUUCCUGGAAAGCAGGGUCCCAGGGUCAAACUUAAGGCAGGCUGGGAACCAGAUGGGCAUUGAGUUGUUGGUUAUUUGUGUUUAGGAGAUGCUCAUAUCUCAGAAGGCAAGCAUUGGCAAGGUGGGAUGAAGUGAAUGGAUGAGAAAAGAGAAAGGGCUAAGUUUUGUGUGUGUGUGCAGGGGAGUUACUACUUUUUUAUUGUAUUGAUUACCCAUUCGGGUAGAAUAAUAUAAUAUGCUCGAAGUUCUUUGCUCUGACCACAGCAGAUCAACAAAGCUGCUGAGCAGAUCAGCAGAGAACAUACUGCUUAUCUUAGCCAAUCUCAUUUAAGAAAUUAUUAGGACAGAGUUUGUCCAUGUUUUAGACUACCUAAAAACGUGUCUCUAUCAAGAUCAAACUGAUUCACACUUAGAGCCAAAAGUGAACUCCAGAUAACAACAAAUGCAUCAGUCACUCUUCCCAACAGUGUCUUCUCCUACUAAAAUGAGUGCCCAGAUAUCAAGAUUGACAUAGGUGCUGAUUCCUCUGCAGCUUGUGGAACAGUCCAGGAUGAGAGCUCCCCUAUGUUGCACUAUACAAUAUUGCCUUGUAAGCCUUCUUUUGGGCUGUGACCUAUCAAGAGGUAUAGACUGGGCUGUGUUAAUAACCUUUCUUGUAUUACAGCAAGCCCCUAAAGCCACAAUAAAGAAAAGGCUUAUUAUUGCCUACUCAUUUUGUUUACUCACCAAAGUCACAUUAAACACCACUGUAUGCUGGAAAUUGUCCUUAAUACUACCAAGGGCUGGUUCACAUGUGACCACCAUGUAGGUGGUACACUGGAUGCAAGUUUGUGUGUUGUCGGGGGGAGGAAUUGGCAGUAUGUGUGAUACAACUUUUUGUUUUAAUAGACUCUUCUGCUCAAGUUUUGUUGUAAAUGUGUUCUAUACAACUUAUGGCUUCAGCAAACACUAAUUGCUCUCAUUUCAGGAAUACAUGCCUUUCACACUACACAUAGACUCUUUAUUGCAAGCUGGCAUUAUAGAUGCAAAUACCUAUGUAAAUGCCCCAUAUUUGUGCAGUUUGUUUGCUCAAAAAAUGGUGAAUAAACUGAUUUACUUGUCUGGGCAUAUUUGCACCUAACUCCUGGUUUAUCUUAAAAGUUUUUUUGAUUUUUGUUCCUUCACCUGCUGCUUAAGAAUCAGUUCUUAAUCAAUUUAUAUUGAUGUGUGGGUAGUUGAAAGGGGUAAGACACAAGUAUUUGACUACUAAGAGCAGAAUGUGUAAAUCUGCUGCAAUUUUGCAUUGUUGGUAUACUUUGGUAAUUUUUGAAUCUCAGUGCUAUUUUUAAAGCAGUGGUAAACACACUCAGAUGUAUAGGCUGUUCAGUUUUCACUGAGCAUCUGCAAAAGUUGAACUGCCUUCUUUGUGAAAACUGAUUGGUUUCCCCCUCAAAGAAGUUGGCAGCAUCCUUACUACUAAGAGCUAGGCUGAAUACUUUCUGUUCAUUUUCUAGGCAUACUAUCUGGCCUAUGUUCUUCUUCACUUGGUCAGGGAAGCUAGCAAUAAUGAGGUUACAAAUUCUAACCACAGGGUAAGUAAUUUUUUGUAAACCACUUAGAGAUUGUAAUACAAUCAGGUGAUAUUUAAAUGUUGUGAAAUAAAUUAAAGUUAGUAUGUAUGUGCUUAUACAACAAAUUCAUGGAAAUGGUGGUCUCCUGGUUUUGGCUGGGGUUACAUUCCUCAUCAAGGUAAAAGGUUUGUUUUUAGAUUUAACUGUGCUCAUGAAGGCUCAAAUAUCUUCUGUAAACAUUUUAACCAUUUUAGCUGCAUGGGUUCCUAGUUUCUUUCUAGAUGCAAUAAUGCCCUAUAUAGUGUAGGAUACCCUUCCCCAAUACACAGCCUAUUUUGGGGGUGUUUAUUGUUCAAAUUGUUAGUUUCCUGGUCACCUUACAGAUUUUUAUAAUUGGAAAGACAGGAUGUAACUAUAACUCUCUAAGUAACACCUAAUACUUUUAAAAUCAUACUAUUACUGAAAAUGUAGAUAAUAACUUAAGUUUUAGGGAAGAUGUCACUUUGAAAUGCUUUUCCCAUUAUUUACACAUUUGGUCAGGAGAAAAUUAACUCUUUUAAUCUCACAUUUAGGAAUGGCUGGUGAAACUCUGCACUACUUUGGAAAAACAUGUAAAAUGUGAUAUUAGAGAAGAUGUUAGACUGUUCUAUAAAACUAAGGUGAGUAGUCUUGUACUUUUUUAAUCCCCAGAAGGUAAGAGUUAUUGUGAGGACUCUCUCUGCUCCCCCUUCCUUAUAUGCAGUCAAAUAUGAGUAACCUUGCACGUUUGAGGAGUUUGCUUCCAUUACUCCAACAUCCUAUCUUGGCCAGGGCAUGGGUUUUCUUUUGUGGACUCCUGAAUGCUGAUUUCAGGGCUGCUUCUCACACUUUUAUUAAAUUGCAAGAGUGCACUUCAGUCCUGCAUUUUUAGGUCUGAUGAGAAUAAGGUUGAAGCAGAUGAUGAUGUAAGCCCUAGGUAUCUGAUUCAUCUAUGUACGUAAGUACAUGUAUGUAAGUAAGCCCCACUGUGUUUAAUGAUGCCUACUCCGAGGUAAGAGUAUGUAGGAUUGCACCCUUAAGCAUCCUUUCCCCCAGUUGGUUUCAAUCGGUUUGUUUUCUCUUUCUAGGUAAAAGACUUAGUUGCUAGAACAUACAGCAAAUGGCAACAAAUGAUUCACAGUUCUCGGCUUACUCAGGUACUAUGCAGUUAAAACAGCUUUUCACAUUGCUGUGUGAUUUACAGAUUUACAGAAAUAUUGUAAGUCUUCAAUGUAAUGGUAAUGACAGACUUCUGCAAGGGUGUCUUUGUGGCAUAUUAUAAUGAAUAAGAUGCUUUUCUAAGAGGUGAGCAGCUCUAUAGAUUUGCUAAUAGAAGUUUGGAUGUCAAAAUAAUGCUUGAGGGGUAUGUAGCAUGCAUUAUAUAUAUAUAUUAAAAACCAUUCUGUAACAGCCUGGAAUUACUCAAGAAUGAAGUGUAACUCAUUGGCUAAGGAAACAAAUUAGUGCAAAUGUGCCUGGAAAGAUGAAUGCAUCACUCACGCAUGCCCUAAAGUAUCAGACUAGAAGCAUAGAAAUCUUAACACUGUGCAAGCUGAAAAUGUAAACGUGGAAAGGGACAGAAAUUGCUUUACUGAAAAGAAAUAUAAUGCUUAGUUAGAUUACAAUGCUUAGUUAGUUAAGCCUUUAAACUGGAAGCUGUGUUGCUCUGUAUGUCAAAGAGGACAUAAAUUCCAACAAGCUAGAACUCCAAAACUAGUUUAGAACUGAGGACAUACUAUCAUUCCCCUGGCCAAAAUGCUCAGGCUGAUCUUGUGAUGUAGAAGGAAAUCAAUGAGGCAUGCAAAGGAAAAAGUGCUGCAGUAAUGUGUGGCUUCAGUUAUCUUCACAUAGACUGAGUGCGUGUGUAUUUCAGUCGUGACAAGGAGGUAUCCUAAAUGACUGUGUCCUAGGACAUGUAACCAGCCAGAAAGGUGACAGCCCUGGACUUAAUCCUAAAGUGGCACCCAGGAUCUGCUGUGAGAUAUGUGUUGUCGAACCAAUUGGUAACUGUGGCCAUAGUGCUACCAAAUUCAACAUAUAUGUAAGUGGACAAUUGCCAAGGAAGUCCAAUAUGGUCACAUUUUACUUCAAAAGCAGAAACUUGCCUCAAAUGAGAAGUUUGGUAAAAACCACAUUUAAUAGAAGCUCAACUACAAUGAAUACCACAGACCAAGAAAGGCGCUACUAGGGAUAAUUAGGAAAGGAACUGAAAAGUUCCAGUGUCAUAAUACCAUUAUACAAAUCUGGAAUACUGUGUAAAGUUCUGGUUGCUUCACCUCAGAAAGGAUACAGUAAAGUUGGGGAAAGUGCAGAAAAGGGCAACAAAAAUGAGCAAGGUGUUCAUGCAUCUCCCCUCAGAGCCAUCUAAUGAAAGUUAUUUGCAUUAGGUUUAGGACAAGCAAAAUGAAGUAUUUCUAUGGUAUGAAUUGAAGUGUGGUAGUGGUCAUUGGUAGUGGUCAUUAAAAGAGGAUUUGACUGAUUCAAGGAGAAGAAUGAUGGCUAUGUGAAACCUCUAGAUUCAGAGGUAGCAUGCCACACUCAGAGUAUAAACAGAAGAGGACUAUUGUAUUGUUUUCAUGACCUCAUCAUGGGCUUUCUAGAGGCAUCUGAUUGGCCACGGUGUGGAAACAGGUGCUGGAAUAUAUAGAUACAGCUGACUCUCAACUUACACUGGAGAUACGUUCUGGGGAUAGUAUGUAGAGCCAAAAUCACGUAUAGUCAGAACAUUGAGUUCAGUGGCAAGUGGGAGUGCCAACGUUUUUUUCCUGGACACCCCCCCCCCUUUCCACCUCCGUUUUAUUUAUUUUUAGUAUUUUUGCCAAGCACAUAAAGCUGAAUGUACAUAAAUUGCAAGUUAUCUGUACAUACAUGUCUUUGGUCUUAUAUAGGGCUUCUAUUGAAUUAACUAAAGUUUUGUUUUUUGGUCUAAACCAAUUUUGAAGUUCAAUUUAUUUUUAUCGUAGGGGCAGAUUCAUGAUUUUUGGGUCCCAGACGCUUCAAAUGGAUAG